GCUCCGGCCGUGACCAUGGCUACAGCUGGGUCCAGACGCCCCGCGCGCAGAGCUCAGCUGCUCGCGCUCGCAGCGUUCGGCGCCGUGCUCGUCUUCGCCACCGCGGCUGCAGACGCCGCCAACAUCCCUUGCAUGGAGGACGGCCGCUUCUACAGGAAUCCCCGGCCCCUGCCUCAUAGGGUGUGGACCAACGGCGAAUGCUCCAAGUAUUACCUGUGCCUCGACGGCGAGGUGUUCGAGUUCAAGUGCUCCGCCGGGCUGCUGUUCGACGUCAACCGCCAGAUCUGCGACUACAAGAUGAACGUCGACAACUGCGACGUGGUAGCUGAGGUCGUGGUGCCGCGGCCGCUCCUGGAGGCGGCGGGCUGCGGCCAGGCGCAGCUGGGCUGCGGCGACCGCACCUGCCUGCCCGCCGAGUACUUCUGCGACGGCAGCGUGGACUGUCCCGACGGCUCGGACGAGGGCUGGUGUGACGUGGACAACGAUCCGAACGGCUCCACGGCGUGCGACCCUCGCUCGUGCCGGCUUCCCGAGUGCUUCUGCUCGCGCGACGGCACCCGCAUCCCGGGCGACCUGGAGCGGAGCCAGGUGCCGCAGAUGGUCGUCGUCACGUUCGACGACGCCGUCAACACGGAGAACUGGGACCUGUACACGCGCGAGCUCUUCACCGACGAGCACAAGAACCCCAACGGCUGCCCCAUCCGGGCCACCUUCUAUCUCAGCCACCAGUACACCAACUACCAGCAGGUGCAGCGCCUGUGGAACGAGGGGCACGAGGUCGCCGUGCACUCCAUCACGCAUCGUGGCCCCGAAGACUGGUGGAGCCGCAACGCUACCAUCGAGGACUGGUUCGACGAGAUGGUGGGGCAGGCGAACAUCCUCAACCACUUCGCUGGCGUGCGCAUGGAGGACAUUCGAGGCAUGCGUGUGCCGUUCUUGCGGGUCGGCUGGAACCGGCAGUUCCUCAUGAUGCAGGAGUUCGGCUUCCGCUACGACGCCUCCAUGGUGGCGCCCUUCUCGGACCCGCCGCUGUGGCCGUACACCCUGGACCACAAGCCCCCGCACAAGUGCCUGGGCGCCAAGCAGCGCUGCCCUUCCAGGGCGUACCCCGGCAUUUGGGAGAUGCCGCUCAACCAAAUCACCACCGAGGGCUACACUUGCGCCAUGGUGGACUCGUGCCCGCCCCACCUGUCCGGUGAGGACGUGUACCGCAUGCUGACCAACAACUUUAAGCGACACUACAACACCAACCGCGCACCCUACGGCCUCUAUUUCCACACCACAUGGUUCAAGCGACCCGAGUACCUGGCCGCCUUCAAGAAAUUCUUAAGCGACAUGGGUAAGAUGCAAGAUGUCUGGUUCGUCACCAAUUGGCAAGCCAUUCAGUGGAUGAGAGAACCCACUCCAACAAGUCAGAUCAAUUCUUUCGAGCCAUGGGGGUGCAAGCCUCGUAAGUUUGAACCGAACGAAAUUGCCUGCAACCUUCCGAAGACGUGUAAGCUGACGAGUCGUAUCCUUCAAGGAGAACGAUACCUAAACACUUGCGGAGAGUGUCCAGAGCAGUAUCCCUGGAUUCGGAACGAGUUUGGACUUGAUAGCCGCUGACAUCCAACUCUGCCCAAAAUAUGAGUCAUACUACGUAGUACCUAAGAGACUUUGUCACUCUUUGCAAGACUGUGCAUUUGAUCCCGAACCAGUGAAGCGCUGGGUGAGAGCCUGUCUGGGCUGAAUUGAUUCUUCUGCAUAAGGUACCUACCUGACAUAAUGCUGCACUCAGGCAACCACUAAAUAGUGUCAGAUGUUGCCUCUUAAUCCUUCAUUUGGAUUUUUGGUGAGUGAAAAUUUAGAGUAAUUUGACACAAAAACUCUGGAAACAGCUUCUGGAAUGAUGUGGAAUGAGGUGUCUUGCUAAAUUUGGUGGGCAAAUACUUAGCAGCAUGGACACUUAGUAAUAAACUGUGAUUUUCUCUAAGGCUCAAAAAAAUAAUGAUUGAGAACUGAGAACAUGCAACUAUUGUAAAUAGAGUAAGCUCAGUGAAUUAAGAUUUCUAUUUAUAUAAACGACUGAGAGGAGAGAAGUUUUGGGGAGCCGAUCUACAAGUGGUAUUCCUCACCACAGCGGCAACACUCAAAUGAUUUGCUAUGAGAAGUCUAGCUGUGGAAUGAAAAUUAGAAAAUUAUUUCCAAAUAACUAGUUUAAUGAUACAUUUGUACCAUCUGUGUUCUAUUUAUUUAUCAUUUUAAGUAGAAAUGAGAGAAAACAACAAUUUCAGUCUAGGUACGGAAAAGAAGUACUGCAUUACUUUAGAAUAAGAAUAAGUCAAAAACAAAAAGCUUCUUAAAUGGAGAACAAUAUUUCUGGGAGCUUAUAGAAAGUAUAAAGUAAAUAAAUGAUACAUAGUGGAGUGCUAUGUGAAAUCACGGAUAAUUAUAAAAACCAAAACGAUAAUUCUUAAGCCAAUUAAAUACUUAACCAUAAAA